GUGCUUUCUUUGGUUUCUGUGUCAGCCAGUGGAGAGAAUGUUAAAGCCCUGACGUUCCUCAAAGGAAGCACAAUCCAGCAAUUGAAGAUGCUGCAGGGUGGAGAGCUGGGAAUCCUGGACUGUUCUUGGCUCUCCCAUUCAGGCACUGCAUGACCUGGAGUGAGGCUCCCUGUGCUUGCAAAUAGCCUCAGCCGUGGAGAUAGGAACCUCACCCAGCAUCCCAGCUCCCUCUGACUACUUGGGGUUGUAGCUGCUCUGCAGCACAGGUAGCAGCCUGGCGGCUCGUCUUCAAGCACUGGCAGCUCUGAUCCCACGCUUGGAGGACACAUCGGUGCCAGGCGUAGAGCUGCUUUUUGCAAGUAUCCCAAUACUCGCCCAUGCUUGCUUUCUGUGGCACUUAAAGCCUACAAAACCUGGCUUUGCUGCUUUUCUUUCUGUAUUAGAGUUGAGCAUUAAUUAAAACUACUAUUAAAUGCCCUGAGGAUGUAAGCUAGAGAAUUUCAUUUUAAAUGCAAAGCAUCUCACAGCUGGAGGAUUUUGUUUUCUCAAUAUGGCUGUGAGCGUAUUUCUUGCCCAGGAAUUUGCCUGGCUCUCUUGGUCAUGCUUUAGCUUCUAUCUUGCACCCUGCUGAGUACCUUCUGGUGUAGCUUUGAGGUCUGAGGAACAGCGGAAGGGGAGGUAAUGGAGGAAGUUGCACAUCUCUGAAGCUUCCUUGAGAGAAGGGUGUGCUUUCCCUCACAGAGAGAAAAGUCACUCCCUUCACAGCUGGGUGGGUGCCGGUACAUGUUCAGAGCCAUGACUGUGCCAGUGGGGCUGCUGCUGGUCCUGUUGGGCUACAUCACGGCACUGGACCCUGUACUGGAGGAGGCCUGGGAAGGGUGGAAGAGCCUAUAUGCCAAGGAGUACCCUGCGGAGGCUGAGGUCAUCCGCAGGGAGGUCUGGGAGAAGAACCUGCGGCGCAUUGAGCAGCACAACUGGGAGGAGUCGCAGGGGCAGCAUACGUUUCGCCUGGGCAUGAACCAUUAUGGGGACCUGAUGGAUGAGGAGUUCAACCAACUCCUGAAUGGUUUCAGCCCAGUGCAGCAUGAGGAGCCAGCACUGACCUUCCAGGCAUCGACAGCUCAGAAGACCCCAGCAGAAGUGGACUGGCGUGUCAGAGGCUACGUGACACCCGUGAAGAACCAGGGGCACUGUGGGUCAUGCUGGGCAUUCAGUGCUACAGGGGCCCUAGAGGGACUCGUCUUCAAUUGGACCGGGAAGCUGGCAGUGCUGAGUGAGCAGAACCUCAUCGACUGCUCCCGGAAGCUGGGCAACAACGGUUGCCAAGGCGGCUACAUGACCCGUGCCUUCCAGUAUGUGCAUGACAAUGGUGGCAUGAACUCUGAGCAUGUCUACCCCUACCAGGCCACAGACACCUCUAGCUGCCGAUACAACCCUGGGGACAGGGCAGCCAACUGCUCCACAAUCUGGCUGGUGGCCCAGGGCAGUGAGGCAGCGCUGGAGCAGGCAGUGGCAACCGUGGGCCCCGUGUCUGUGGCAGUGGAUGCCAGCAGCUUCUUCUUUCACUUCUACAAAUCAGGCAUCUUCAGCAGUAUGUUUUGCAGCCAGAAGGUGAACCAUGGGAUGUUGGCUGUGGGCUACAGCACCAGCCAGGAGGGCAGGAAGAAUGUGAGCUACUGGAUCUUAAAGAAUAGCUGGUCGGAGGUGUGGGGUGAGCAGGGCUACAUCCGCCUGCUGAAGGGAGCCAACAACCACUGUGGGGUUGCUAACCAGGCCAGCUUCCCUCUGCUGUGAGCUCCUGUGCUGGGAGGAAGACGGCACUUGCUGGGAUUGCUCCCCUGCCUUGCUGUGAGGAUAGGGCUUCCUUCAGGAAGGGGCUUUUGUCUGUUUGAGAAACAAUUAAAAAUGGCAUAGCUAAUCA